AGCUCCUCGGGAGCCUCCACAAUGUCCACGUGGGGCCAAAUUCAGCAGCAGCUUCGGCACCCUUCCAAUCCGGUGGUCUUCUUCGACAUCACCAUCGGCAACACCGAGAUCGGCCGCAUGAAGAUGGAACUAUUUUCUGAUGUAGUGCCAAAGACGGCUGAAAACUUUCGGCAAUUCUGUACCGGCGAGUACAAGAGAGAUGGUGUACCAAUUGGCUAUAAGGGCGUCUCCUUUCACCGCAUAAUAAAGGACUUCAUGUGCCAGGGUGGAGAUUUCGUCAAUCACGACGGCACUGGUCUGAUGUCGAUCUUUGGUGGUGGCAAGUUUCCCGAUGAGAACUUUCAGCUGAAGCACGACCAGCCAGGACUGCUGUCAAUGGCGAACAGUGGCGCCGAUACCAACGGUUGUCAGUUUUUCAUCACCUGCGCAAAGUGCGACUUUCUCGAUGGCAAACAUGUGGUCUUCGGCCGAGUCAUCGACGGCAUGCUGGUCGUACGAAAAAUAGAGAACGUGCCCACUGGUCCCUCAAACAAGCCGAAGAUACCGGUUAUCAUCUCGCAAUGUGGUGAAAUGUGA